AGGAAAGAUAGAAGUAGUGAACAUAGACCGCCAAUAAGGAUUUCCCUUUGAUUUCAGUUUGUCAUCAUAGAUAUGCUUACUGGGGAUGUAGUCUGUUCAUAUUUUUGCGCCCAAAUAUGUUCUCUGACUUUUCAAUCAUUUAUCUAAGACCCCCAGAUAAUCGUUGGCUCUCUGUACGGUUCUUUAACUUGUUUUUCCAUCAUCCUAUCUUUCUGUCUCAAGAGUCAAACCAUGAAGAUUGCAAUUGCCGGCGCUGGGGACCUUGCACGUUACUCCGUGGAAGAGUUUCUAAAUGACAGGCAUGAGGUCGUGGUGCUGUCACGCAGCCAGAAGCCCCGGUUCCAGCGCGAGAAUGUCACAUUUCGCAUAACAGACUACUCGGUACCAUCUCUGACCAAAGCGAUUGACGACUGUGAGGGACUCUUAUCUGCGAUUUUAGACUAUUCAAUGGCCAGCGCCACGGUCCAUCUCGCCCUGCUCGAAGCUUGCAGGAAUUCCGCCAAAUGCAAGCGCUUUAUUCCGUCCGAAUACGCAGGAAACACAGACGAACAUCCCAACCAGCCUGUAUUCUACUACGCCAACCACGAGCCGGUCCGUAAAGCAUUGAGAGAGCAGAAAGAAGUCAUGUGGACGCUGUUCAACCCUGGCUGGCUGACUGAUUAUCUCAUCUCUCCCGACCUCCGAUACAUCAAAGAUAUCGGCGAAUUCCACCCUGUACGUUUGGCCGAGAAGGCAUUGGUGAUACCAGGCACGGGCGACGAGUUGAUUACUUUUACGCCCGCGCGAGACGUAGCUAAGGGCGUCUCCAAGCUUUUCAACCACGGCAGCUGGGAGGAUAUCAUUUACGUGUGCGGCCAGACGACAACCUGGAACGCUGUCGGGGAGAUCCUUAGGAAUCGUGAUGUCCCACUGAAGAUCAGCCACCGAUCCGUGAACGAGCUAGAAAAGCAGAUCUCGGAUGCCGAAUCAGAAGACAAGAUCAUCGCCGCUCAGUAUGACAUUUGGUCAACUUCCGGAGCUGGAUUUUUGCCGCAAGAGAAGUUGAAACGGCAGGCGGCGAAGUAUUUUCGAGGCGUCAAGUUUAGAACUGUCGAAGAGUUUCUCGAUGAUGCCGAGAAGUUGAAAGGCUGCCCGAACAUUGCUGUGUAAAUAGGUAGCUGAGAGUUGGAAUUUGAUUUGGGCAAUCCUAAUAUCGAGUCGAAAGUUGAUUUGAUCGAGGAGGCUGACUUUAUGUUCGAUGGUCGUGGUGCGAGCACAUGUGAAUACUUCAUGUGAGAAGAAUGUCAAUUUUCAAGUCCUCCGCC